AUGCUGACACAAACUCUAUGCAUAGUUUUUCUUUUGUCUAUUGUUGAAGGUGGCGUUCAUAUCUAUCAUACUGAAGAUGGUUCAAUCGUAGAAUUUUAUGAUUGUAUUCUUCACGAAGAUCUUCUCUAUUGCCGCCGGCCAAGUGAGCCGAUUGUUUUACAACGAGAUAAUAACACACAAUAUUGUUACAAUGAUGGUAAAGUCCAUCCGGCUACUUCACUUCUUGAUAAUGCUAAUAAUAAUUAUAUAUGUGAAUGUACAAAUUUACAAUCGUUCGGAAGGCACUGUGAGUAUCUGUUACCAAUGGGCACAACGUUCGAAGCAACACUUCGAUGGGAAUUAGAAGAAAGGAGGAAGAAUGAAAAUGACAUGCAGAUAUAUGGUGAUAUUUUAUGCUAUAGAACAUUAACUUGUGAUUCGGGUCUAUUGUGUCUUGACUGGCGAGAUAUUUGUGAUGGUGUUCAGCAGUGUAUGUUCGGUUAUGACGAAGAAAACUGUGAUAAAUUGGAAUUUAACGAAUGUGAAGAUGAGGAGUAUCGAUGUAUGAACGGAAUGUGCAUACCCGACGAAUAUUUUCUUGAUGGUGAUUAUGAUUGUAUGGAUAUGACAGAUGAAAUUGGAUAUAACAGUGGUUUCGAUUGUGCAUUUCAAAAGGUUAGAAUGGAAUGUGAUGAUCGCGUGUGUUUGAGAUUUCAAUAUUCGUGUGGUGACGGGCAGUGCAUCAAGGAUCGUCUGGCUUUCCGGAAAUCGUCGAGCAUAGGAGAAACAUGUAGGAGUUGUCGUGAUCAAUAUUACAUGUGCGAAACCCAUUCUCUUGAUUUCCAAUGGACUUUGCCCAAUGGUAGAUGUUAUAUUGGCAACGAUUACAAUGAGAGCAGCGUUCUUGACAGAAAUAAUACUGAACAAUGUAUAUAUUUCUUGAAAUGUGCCCUUUCAGAUGGAGCAGAAGUUAAUUGCGACUCUAUGAAUAGUGACACGGGCUAUAUUGAGCAACUAAGUAGUUAUUGUCAAUUGUUGUUUGUUCAAUAUCCCGCAGGUGCAAUACUUAGUCCUUAUACAUAUUAUUUUUAUAACAUCGAGCAGUGGUCACUGGAAGACGACGAUAUAAUUGAUUAUUUGAUCAUACUCAAUGCAACCAUUAAAUGUCGAGAAUAUCUAGUUCAUUAUUAUACGUAUAUAUUGGAUUCAAUCGGUGAAUCGCUUCAUUCCUGGGAAGCUCUUAUAUGCGCGACACCAGUAGGAAAUUCUCUCGUUGUUGGAGAUGGUUAUGAUCAAUUAUGUUACAGAAACUCUCGAACAUUCACAAAUCAGUCGUACAACACCAUUGAUGUGUGCAAUUAUACGAAAGAAUGUAUCUCGGCUUACCGGAUAGCAGAUGGACUGGCUGAUUGCGCAGAUCGGAUGGACGAAGCUGAAAGCAAUCGAGAUUUAGUAUUGAAUGCAUGUUCGAGAAUGCAGCGGCAUCGUUUUCGAUGCUCUUCCGAACAACCAUCAUGUUUAUCUAUACUCGUUCUCAAUAAUUAUAUACCUGAUUGCAAUAACAAUCAUGAUGAAAUCCUCCCAGUAAAGUUAUAUUACAACAGUAACUACAAUAGCGAUCGCCAAAUUCUCAGAGAGUAUAUUGAGCAUUCAUGGAAAGUUGACAAAGUAUUACAACUCGUGGAAAAUGUGCCGUUUCGUGCGUAUUGCGACACAUUUUGGGAUUUGGAAUUGCAGAUGGACGAAGACCAUCAUAUUUGUAAAGAAUGGUGGAUCUGCUCUAAAGAUCAGUGGCAAUGUCAUUCAGGUCAAUGUAUCGAUAUUAAUUGGAUCCUAGAUGGAGAAUGGGAUUGCUUGGACGCCUCAGACGAACAAGGAAUUUUCUUUACUAAUCAUUCUUUAUCUGUACACAAUAUCGAUCUAAUAAGUAAUUCUACUUUGAGAACAAAUUUUCUGGCACGUUAUAAUGAACAAUCAUUUUGGAAUAUUUGCGAUUUCAAUAUAGAAUUUCCAUGUUUUCCAGUAAACUCUUCUCAUCUAUUGACCAGCACUGGUCACAUACAUCCGUGUAUCGGUUUGGAAAAAGUUGGCGACGGUCAUCCUGAUUGUUUGGGCGGUAUGGAUGAACGAAACACAAUGGAACAUUGUAAUCAGAGAAAUAUGCUUGGCUACGCUUUUCAGUGCCUGUCGACUAAGACUUGUGUUGACUUUUACGAUGUUUGUGUCACUCGGUGUCCCAAUGUCACCGAUGAUCAACAAAUGUGCGUUGGUUCCGAAGAAUCCAAUCGUUGUAAUCAGGGUAAUGCUUUUCAGUGCUGGAAUGGAACUUGUAUUGCGGAAGGAUGGUGUAAUGACAUACCGGACUGUGUACAUGGAGAAGAUGAAUACUACUGUGAAAUUCCAAACGUCGAACGCGCACGUAUUGAAAGUAUUUAUCGUAUUCAGAAGAAAAACAUUGCUUCAACGACUCCGAAGCUACUGAAUUUACCAACGUUUCCUGACAAAACGAAAGUAAAAUCAGAUAGAACUAUAAUAAAUUCCACCAUUCCAGAGAACAUCGAAAUUAUCGAGACAGACAACAAUAGUUCUUCGCCGAUUGCUUACAUAUGCAAUCGUGGUGUUGGCAUGUAUAUACAUAACGGUUCUAUUGUUUGCUUUUGUCCUGAACAAUACUAUGGUGACAAAUGUCAGCUUUAUAGUGAUCAACUCACUCUAAUUCUCAGUUUGAAUAUUUCAAAUUAUAAUUAUACAAUCGAUACAAAUAUAGCUACAAUCUUAAAAAUGCUCGUUGUGUUCACACAUGAAAAUGAAACGGUUGCCAUGAAGGACUUUCAUGUCCGACCUGCUAUUGAACUGACCCAUUGGAAAAAACAAAUUAUUCGUUUUCUAUAUUCACGAACGAAUGUAUCAUUGAAAAGAAAACGACAACGAUAUUUUAAUCGAUCGAGUAUUAUUCACGAACAUCCUUACUCGGUUCAAAUCGAAGCUUACGAACUGAAUCACGAUCAAACUCCAUUGUUCAUCGGCAUCUGGAAAUACCCGAUCUAUUUCGAUUACCUUCCAUCAUUUCGACUUGUUAAAAUACUACGUUUAACCACUAUGGGCAAUAUCGACAAUCCAUGUUCGAGCAAUCCAUGUAAAAACGAUUCUCAAUGCCAUCAACUACUCAAUCAACCACAUAAUUACAUCUGUUUCUCCAUCAAUCCUAAUCCUAAUCAGAGUUAUUGUUCCAGUCAAGCUCUGUAUCGAUCAAAUUACCACAAUUCAGCAGAUAGAAAUGAUUCAUCUACGUAUUGUAUUUGUCCGUUAAAACGUUACGGCCGUCGAUGUGAACUAUCACACGAUGAAUGUAAUCGAAAUCCUUGUGAAAAUAAUGGUACUUGUCUAUCAUCAAUUAAGCCAAUGGAUUAUUAUUGUUCAUGUACUCACCUGUACUAUGGAAAACGAUGUGAAUUGUCAAGACAGAUAGUCUCCUUACAUAUCAAUGAAACUGUUGAGUAUAGAGCGAUGGUUAUUCAAUAUUUUCGAAUAGAUCUUGCCACGUUAAAUCUGAUCUUAAUCUCUCAACAUGUUUAUCAACAACUUCCUGAGCAAUUGACAGUUUUUCAUAAUGAACUAAAACCACCCGAUAUUAUCGUUGCGAAACAAUAUCUCGGUGGCAAUCAAGUAAACAUUUAUAUAAUUUCAUUGCAAACUCAUGUCACUUCUGCCAAUGUCUUCACAAAUCUGCGUGAAACGAAUCGUUGUGUCAACAUUCGCACUUUAUUUUCAUUACAUGAUGAUUCAAUUCACGCUUACAAAUACCACAAUCUUUGUCGAAAAAAUCAUAGUUUAUUUUGUUUCUUUGAUGAUCAUUAUCUAUGUAUUUGUGAUGCAGAUCAUUAUCGUGUUGAAUGUUUCGGUUAUAAUCACAAUCUCGAACGUUGCUCAUCGUGUUUUGCUAAUGGUCAAUGUUUAAUUGAAAAUCGAUUAUAUCAAGACAAAUAUCUUUGUCUUUGUCCACAAUGUCGUUCUGGUCGAUUAUGCCAAUUUAUGGACGAUGGUUUGAGCUUUACUCUCCAUUCUGCUCUCCUCCGCGUUCAUUAUACUUAUCGGAUUGUUUACUGUCUGAUUACUUUUCUUAUCUUUAUUUUUGGUGGAUUAACAAAUUAUGCAACAUUGAUCACAUUCAAUCAACCGAAUGUACGAAAUACAACUGUUGGAAUUUAUCUUUUGUUCUAUUCCAUCGUUAGUCAAUUGACAUUGUUCUCGUUAAUUUUGAAGAGUUUACAAAUACUUGUCGAUUUUCUCAUGAACGAUAUCCUAUGUAAAAUCGUCUCGUAUAUGCUUUCAAUUACUAUGCGAUGCUCAUUUUGGUUGAUUAGUUGGGUGGCGAUUGUGCGUGUUGGUUUUAUUCUAUUUCCGUUCUCAAGCUCAUUGAAAAAUGUUCAAUUUACGAUAAUCAUAAGUUUUCUAACAUUGAUCAUCAUUGCAAUUAUGAACAUUCAUGAAUUAUACUUCUAUUUAAAGGAUCCAGGUACACAAUCAGCGUGUAUUGUAAGCUAUUCAUCAUUCGUAUCCUCAUAUGAACGUACUACUGUUGUGAUUCACUAUACAAUUCCGUUUUCGAUUCAAACUUUAUCAGUAACUACAUUGAUUAUCUUAGCUGCACGGAGUCGGUCUCGAGCAACAAAUCAUUUUGAUACAUUUUUCAAAUAUCUUCAAUGGCAAUUUCGAAAUCAAAAAGAAAUGUAUGUCGUUCCUCUAGUGAUUAUCAUUAGUGGUUUGCCACAAUCAAUUCUAUCGUUUAGUUUCUCGUGUAUGGAUUUAUCCGAAUGGCAAAAACAUCUUUUACUCAUUGCUUAUCUUUUUGCUUAUACACCACAAUCGCUUGGUUUUAUUUUAUUUGUUUUACCAUCGACGAAUUAUCUGAAAGAAUUUCAAAGAACAAAUCUGUCGAAAAUGCUCAUCUUUCGAUUGAUCAUAGCCAAAGUCAAACGCAGAAAUUUUAGACUAGGGACAACACUAAAAUGA